AUGUUUUUUUGCGGCAUUUAUUAUGAUAUUCAAGAACCAGAAUUGGCAAAAGCCCUCAGAACUAUUUUUCCAAAAGCAUCUAAAAGUGAAAUUCACAAAUAUAUGAAACAACUUUCUGAUGUUGAAGAGGUUAAUAUCCAUCGUGCAAAUCAGCGUAGGGACAAAAAUUCAUAUUGUAUUUUUCACUUCCGAGAUAUGGAAGAACUUUACAGUCUUACACCAAUUGGAGCGGCAAGGUAUCUUUUCAAGAGAGGGGAAGAGGAUGUUAAACCUGAUUUUGUAGAAGAUAAACGAUUUUUUAAUAUUCAUUAG